UUAUCAGCGGGCGGCAGGCGGGGCCGGGCCCCAGGCCCUGCGCUCCGGCUCCAUGGGCGGCGGGGGACAGCGGCUGUAGGCGCCUCCUUCUCCUGCGCCGCGGCAGGGCCGGGAAACAGCAGCAGUAGCGCCAGCGCGGCCUCCCCUGCCCCAUGGCGGGCUACGCUCCCCGCCUGCCCCUGCUGCUGCGGAGGCUGCCGCCGCCCUGGGCUCGGGCCGCCCGGCUCCCCCUGAGCGGCGCCCGGCUCCUGCUGCUCUCGGCCGGCAGGUGCGGGGCCCCAGCCGAGCCCGGCCCCUUGCGCCUCCUCCGCGGCGGCGCCCCCCGCUCCGCGUCCUCCCGGGCGGCUGGGGCGGCGGCCGGGGAGCCGGAGAGGAGGAACAGCCCCCCGGGAAGUGGGGGAGACUCGGAGGUGAAGAGGCUGCUGGCCCUGGCACGGCCCGAGCGCUGGAGACUGACAGCUGCUGUUGGCUUUCUGACAGUUUCCAGUGUCAUCACCAUGUCAGCCCCUUUCUUCCUGGGGAAAGUUAUCGAUGUAAUUUAUACAAAUCCCACUGGAGAUGUCACCGACAGCCUGACCAGCCUCUGUGCCUUGCUAAGUGGAAUUUUUGUGUGUGGUGCUGCUGCUAAUGCUAUUCGUGUCUACCUCAUGCAGACUGCAGGACAAAGAAUUGUGAAACGACUGAGAGCAACUAUGUUCUCUUCUAUUCUGAAGCAAGAAGUUGGGUUUUUUGACAAAACCAGCACAGGAGAACUGAUUAAUCGCUUGUCUUCAGACACAGCACUGUUGGGCCGUUCCGUGACUGAAAACCUUUCUGAUGGACUAAGAGCAGGAGCUCAAGCAUCAGUUGGGGUUGGAAUGAUGUUUUUUGUUUCUCCAAAACUUGCUGCAUUUGUUCUGAGUGUUGUGCCCCCUCUGGCUAUCAUAGCUGUGAUUUAUGGAAGAUAUCUGCGAAAACUUACUAGAAUGACCCAGGAUUCCCUUGCAGAAGCAACACAGUUAGCUGAAGAACGUAUCGGAAACAUAAGAACUGUUCGAGCUUUUGGGCAGGAGAUGACCGAAAUGGAGAAGUAUACAAGCAAAGUUGAUUACGUGCUGCAGUUAGCUAAAAGAGAGGCAUUAGCUCGGGCAGGCUUCUUUGGUGCAACUGGGCUUUCUGGGAACAUGAUUGUCCUUUCUGUUCUGUACAAAGGAGGAUUACUGAUGGGUAGUGCCCACAUGACUGUUGGUGAACUCUCUUCCUUCUUGAUGUAUGCAUUCUGGGUUGGAGUUAGCAUUGGAGGUUUGAGCUCUUUCUAUUCUGAGCUUAUGAAAGGAUUAGGAGCUGGAGGACGUCUGUGGGAACUUAUCGAAAGAAAGCCAGAGCUUCCAUUUAAUGAUGGAAUUGUAUUAAACAAAGACAUGUUCAAAGGUGCUUUGGAAUUCAAAGAGAUCCACUUUGCAUAUCCAACACGUCCAGAAAUGUCACUUUUCCAAGACUUCAGCCUUUCCAUUCCAGCUGGCUCUGUUAUGGCACUGGUUGGCCCAAGUGGCUCAGGCAAAUCAACCAUUGUAUCUCUUCUGUUGAGGCUGUAUGAUCCCAUCUCAGGUACUAUCACCGUUGAUGGCGUUGAUAUCCGUCAAUUGAAUCCACUCUGGUUCAGGACUAAAAUUGGAACAGUGAGUCAGGAACCAGUUCUGUUCUCCUGUUCUAUUGCUGAAAAUAUUGCCUAUGGUGCUGAAGACCCUUCUAUGGUAACUGUUGAAGAAAUCCAGAAAGUUGCUGAAAUAGCUAAUGCUGCCAGUUUCAUCAGAGACUUUCCAGAAGGAUUCCACACUUUAGUUGGAGAAAAAGGCAUUCUCCUUUCAGGUGGGCAGAAACAACGAAUUGCAAUUGCUCGAGCGCUGCUCAAGAAUCCUAAAAUUCUUCUUCUAGAUGAAGCAACAAGUGCUUUGGAUGCUGAAAAUGAGUAUCUAGUGCAAGAAGCUCUAGAUCGGCUUAUGGAAGGGAGGACAGUCCUAAUUAUUGCUCAUCGUCUGUCUACCAUUCAGAAUGCUGAUUCUGUUGCAGUUCUUGACCAAGGCAGAAUUAUUGAAUGUGGAAAACAUGAGGAACUUCUUGCAAAUCCAAAUGGACUUUUCAGGAAACUAAUGAAGAAACAAGCUUUUCUUCAGAAUAGUAAAACUUUUGCAUUAAAUGUGUAAAAUCCAGAGAAAAGGAAUUUUUAAAAGAAAAUGUAUGAAAGGAAGUAUAAGGAAUAGAAAUUUACAAACUACAAAGAAUAUAAUUUGUUUCUAGUUAUGUAAAGUAAAUGUUCUAUUUUUUCCAAAGUGUACAAAAUAUCAUUUUGAAACUUAGAUGUUAAACUUUUUAUUCAGAGAUUUUUAAUAAUUAUUGUAACUUUUUAAAUGUCCACAGCACUGAAAUUGUUUUCAAAGUGUAUAGAUUCUUCUGCUUUGUGGUAACUUAAUUGAUUCAAUAUGGCAUUUUCUCUAUUUUAAUGCAUUGUAUAGCAAUGAACUCUAUUCUCAAGCAAGUUCCUAAUUUUAGGGAAAUUAGAAAUCCAGAUCCUGGUAAUUUCACCACCAUCAUCUCUUGCGUACCAG